UCCAGAUCAAACAUGGAAUACAACCUCAGUAAAAAAGUUUUUCUUCAAAUUUUUUUAAAAUUAAAUUUCUUUUUACAAAUUAUAGUUGCAACAUCCAUGUGAGUCAGCCUGACUACCUGAUGUGUAUUAAGCCCUUGGAGGUGGAUGUUGUUUCAGCACAUAUAUUCUUUGAAGGUUUCUGGGAGGCUGACAUGCUCAAGCUUACUCUCCAGAUUCUUAAAGCUUACCCCGAGGCGACAUUUUUAGAUGUUGGUUCUAAUAUCGGAAUGUACAGUGUAACUGUAGCAGCUGCAAACUACAGUGUGGUAGCGCUGGACCCGUUCAAAACAAAUCUGGCUCACAUCAGACUGAGCACAGUAUUGCAGGGAACUGAAAAUAAUGUGAGAUAUGUAGCUCGCGCCAUUAGUGAUGAGAAACAAACUCUUUACCCUAGGACCUACGACUCAACAAAUCAAGGUUUUGUUAAAUAA